AUGGAGGAAACCAAACGCAGACGCAGUGAACGCAGCGAACGAAGCCGCAGUCGACGCAGCCGAAGCUCCUCCGACCAUGGUAGAAAGGCAGCUUUGAACGGCUCCCAAACCCGUAGAUCUUCAAUGAGCGCUCAUAGCUCUAGAAUGAUACCAAUUGGAUCAGAAAAUAAAGAGUUUAGAAAGAGUGAGCAGCGGCGCCAAAAGCGCACCACAAGCCACCGCCAAAGAGAAAGAAAUCAUUAUCAAGAACUCCAGAUUGAUGCAACCAAUGAGAGACUUCACAGCAGCACUGGGUGCAUUGAACAAUAUUGUACUUUCGUAGAAGCUGUCGGAGACCUCAGUAAGACUAAAUCUGACCGAAACUUGAUGGAAAAUGCUACCAGCAAGAGUUCCCACAGCAGAAGCAACGACCGGGAUAGAGUUCGAGCUCUGUGCAAGCUUUUGUAUGUUUCCAAUGACAUCAACGGCGACAGUUCCAGCCAUGACAGCACGACACUCAGUCGUGAGCAUGGCAACAUGACAGCCAAAACACAAUCGAAAACUAGUCAUGGCGAUUCUUGCACUUCUGCUUCUGCAAGUGCUGGUUCUAGUAGCAGCAAGAGCAGUUCCAAUUGUUCAGACAAUCAAGCAAGGGCAGAUGAAGUUCAAGAUAGAUUCCAACAGCUCUGCCAGGACUCUACCAGUGACAAAGCGCCCCGCACAAGAGAACCAAAGCGCCGCAAGUCCCAUGGUUCACUUGAUGAGAUCUUAAAACGAAAAACCAAACCCAUCAUGAAACGCAGUGGUUCGUGCCGAGAUAUCAACCGAAGGGUUUCCUUUUCCUUUUGCCAGAUUGAUAGAAGGGUUGAUGCUGGUAGCACACCCACAAGAUCAAGAAGACGAAGCUCACUUGGCCAGAGCAAGCCUCGCAAAGAGCUGAUGGAGCUUGCUACUACUUUGAAUGAAAGUAAUGUUGACAACAACAUGGAUGCCAUCAUACCGGUAGGACUUAGAGGAAAUGAAGCUGACAAUAACGAGGCUGGCCUCAGCAAGAAUGCAACUUUGAGCACCCCUGCAAAUUGGAGGCCUACUAGGAGGAGAUCUAUUAUGAAGCACAGGACUGUGCAUGCCUUGCAACGGCAGAUAUCAAGUGGUUGCCUUAACAUGGAUAAAUCGGAAGAGAAUAUCAGCCCUCCUUUCAGCAGGAGUUCGACAGCUCCAAAUUCCUUAGCCCGCUACACCGAUAAUCUAUCUGAUGCACGUGCUGACACACCAAGCUAUCGUCGGCGACAGCGAAGAAACUCCGGGUCACACAUUGACACAAAUGGCGAGACCAUGCAAAAGAUGCAGUCAGAUAAGGUCAACAUGAAAACUUUGAUGGCUGCCUUCGACUGGAGGGAGCUCUCUGAGUCGGGCCAUGCAAAGAGCACUCACGAGAGAACCCAGUCCUCCUCCACUCCCAGUGACAGAGGCAAGCAGAGACGUGAUGGCUCCAAGAUUAGUUCCACCAAACGCAAUGGGAGCGGCAGAGGAAGCCGGCGCUCUUCCAUAAGGCGAAGCGUUUUGGAAUCGCGUCGUCGAAGGAGUACGAGCAGGACAAGAAUUCAUCGAACUCAAACAAGCACGAAUGUUCAGCAGCGGCGGUCUUCAGAGCGGGGGCUGCUUCUUGGUGCGCCCAAACUGAAGAGGCGAUCAUCGUCAGCACCAUCAGUGUUGGACGUGUCAGCUGAGGACCUGGACCACUCGUUGGACCAGCGGCCGGCACCUCUGAGGAGAAAAUCCCUCAGUGGCAACUGUCACAUUGGUUGCUCCAAAAUCCAGGCCAGUGGAAAUGGAACGAAGAGCAAGUAUUCUGGCCUUGCUACAGGUAUUGCCAGCAAGCUCGAAACCACUGACACAACAAGUGCUACCGGUAAGACCAAACGUCUUUUGGAGCUUCGUAAAAACUUGCAGGACACUGCGGGUCAGAUUGUACCCAUGCAGCUCGACAAGAGCAUUGUGGUCGGACCCAUGAUAACAUAG